AGCCUGUCAGUCCCUCGCAGCGCUCCACCAGUGAGAGUGAAUAACUUUUGAUAUCUUGACUUUGUGUAGUGGACUGAGUUUUCUUCUUUAUCAUGGUUGAACAGUUUGUAGGAAACUGGACUCUGGCCUCCAGCGAGAACUUUGAUGAAUACAUGAAGGCAAUUGGUGUGGGCUUCGCCACUCGACAAAUGGGCAACAUGGCAAAGCCGAACCUGGUGAUCAGCGUGGAAGAUUCCGGCGUGAUUUCAUUGAAGUCUGAGACAACUUUCAAGACCACAGAGAUCAAGUUUAAGCUGAACGAGGAGUUUGAAGAGACCACCGCGGAUGGUCGAAAAACAAUGACCACAUUCACUCUGGAGAAUGGCAAACUUGUGCAGCUGCAGGCGUGGGAGGGCAAGAAGACGACGCUAGAACGAGAGCUUCAGGACGGGAAACUGACAGCUAAAUGUAUCAUGGAUGACGUUGUUGCAGUGAGGACCUAUGAGAAGGGGGCUUGAUUUGUUUGAACAUCUAGGUCGUUGAGCCCGGGACCAUCAAGACACCAAAUCGAUGUGCUUCUGCCAAGCAUGCCAAUAAAGUCUGAAUCAUGACGCUGAA